CAUGGGAAUUCUUUUGGCCAAAUAAAGAGGUUCCGUUGUUGAUUCGAUAUAUUGAGGAUAAUAAUCGUGUUUCUGUUAUACAAAAUAAAGAUAUGUUUAAACGCAAAAUUACAGUAAACAUAGUUGAUGAUGAUAAAAAGCCUCAAACCAAAACCUAUACCGUAUUUGUUACGAAUUCACCACUAUGGCAAUCUGCUUUCGGACAUUCUUUGGCAAAUGUUGAUGGAUCCGAUUUCGGCAUGGUAUUUAAUUAUGAUGGAACCUUAAAACGGUAUAUCAUCAGCUUAAGAAGCACAGAUAAACAAGCUGAUGUUGCUCAAGUUGCAAAAGCAUUUGGUGGUGGUGGCCAUAGGAAUGCAUCUGGAUUUGUUUGGGAUAAACCAAUUGAAGAUUUAUUCGAUCCUGAAGAACAAUAA